AUUUUUUUUUACUCUAUGAUUAUCAAUCUGGGUAAUCAAUCCCAUCUUUGUAGUUUUACAUAAUACUCUUUAUACAAAAUUCUCAGUUUCAUUUAAUAUAAAACAAAUAAUUUAUUAAAAUGAGUGCCUGGAGAGCCGCUGGACUUAGCUACAUCAAUUUUUCACAAAUUGCUGCUAGAUGUGUACGUAAAGCACUAAAACCAGAAUUACGAAAUGAAGCUGCAAAGCGAGAGGAGUCACACAUCAAAUUUACUGAUUGGAAAGAUGGAAAAUCACAAAAAUCAGCUUAAUAGAAUUGUUGGAAUUUGGAUGAUAUGAAAUUUCAAAUACCUUAAUAAAUUAUUGUAUAAAUUGUUUAAAUAAA